GCGGAGUCUGCCAGCUGCUGUCUGUGUGUGAGGGAACGUGGUGUGUGUGGCCGGUAGGAGAGCAGCUUCAGCGACACAGGGAGCGUUCACUGUACCACCCGUCACCAUGAAGACGACACUGACAGCCGCCGAGAUCCGGCAGAAGUUCAUCGACUUCUUCAAGGAGAACGGUCACACGUAUGUGCACUCCUCUGCUGUGGUUCCACUGGAUGACCCCACACUGCUAUUUGCCAAUGCCGGCAUGAACCAGUUCAAGCCAAUCUUCCUGAACACCAUAGACCCGUCCCACCCCAUGGCCAAACUCAACCGAGCAGCCAACACACAGAAGUGUAUCCGUGCCGGGGGAAAGCACAACGACCUCGAUGACGUGGGGAAGGAUGUCUAUCAUCAUACGUUCUUCGAAAUGCUGGGGUCCUGGUCAUUUGGUGACUACUUCAAGGAGUUGGCAUGUAAGAUGGCCCUAGAUCUUCUGACCAAGGAGUUUGGUAUUGACAUCGAGCGUCUGUACGUCACCUACUUUGGUGGUAACGAGGCAGCUGGUUUGGAACCAGACCUGGAAUGUAAGCAGAUCUGGCUGGAGCUGGGCCUACCGGACAGCCGUAUACUGCCAGGCAGCAUGAAGGACAACUUCUGGGAGAUGGGGGACACCGGCCCCUGCGGACCGUGCAGCGAGAUUCACUUUGAUCGCAUUGGGGGCCGCGAUGCUGCUCACUUGGUAAAUAUGGAUGACCCCAAUGUACUGGAGAUCUGGAACCUGGUGUUCAUCCAGUAUAACAGGGAGAGUGACGGCAGCCUGAAGCCAUUGCCUAAGAAGAGCAUCGAUACUGGGAUGGGGCUGGAGAGACUGGUGUCUGUGCUGCAGAACAAAAUGUCCAACUAUGACACUGACCUGUUCCUUCCGUACUUUGACGCCAUCCAGAAGGGCUCUGGGGCCAGGCCGUACUCCGGGAAGGUGGGCACGGAGGAUGAGGAUGGCAUAGAUAUGGCAUACAGGGUGCUUGCAGAUCAUGCCAGGACAAUCACUGUGGCACUUGCUGAUGGUGGGAGACCGGAUAAUACCGGCCGCGGAUAUGUCCUGCGCAGAAUUCUCCGUCGCGCAGUGAGAUACGCUCAUGAGAAACUCGGCGCUUCAAAGGGAUUCUUCUCAACUCUGGUGGAUGUUGUCGUCCAGUCCUUGGGAGACGCUUUCCCAGAGCUUAGGAAAGACCCUGACAUGGUGAAGGACAUUAUUAAUGAUGAAGAGACCCAGUUUCUGAAAACCCUCAACAGGGGGCGCCGCAUCCUGGACCGAAAGAUACAGAGCUUGGGGGAGAGUAAGACCAUUCCAGGUGACACGGCGUGGCUGCUGUAUGACACCUACGGCUUCCCCGUGGAUCUGACCGGCCUGAUCGCAGAGGAGCGUGGCCUGAAGGUGGAUAUGGAGAGUUUUGAAGAAGAGAGGAAAGUUGCUCAGCUGAAGUCUCAGGGGAAGGGCGCUGGAGAUGAGGACCUGUUGAUGCUGGACAUUUACGCUAUUGAGGAGUUGCGUUCCCGGGGUCUGGAACCUACGGAUGAUUCUCCAAAAUACAGUUACACCUCCAGCUCUGAUGGGGUCUAUGAACUGGAAAGUGUGGUGGGCACAGUGAAAGCCAUCCGACGCGAGAAGACCUUUGUGGACGAGGUCAGCACGGGACAGGAGUGUGGGCUGGUGCUGGACAAGACCUGCUUCUAUGCCGAACAAGGAGGGCAAACGUACGAUGAGGGAUAUAUGGUCCGAGAGGAUGACAGCAGUGACGAUAAAACAGAGUUCACAGUGCGGAACACACAGGUCCGGGGGGGCUACGUUCUACAUGUGGGGACUGUGUACGGCAGCCUGAGAGUUGGGGAUCAUGUACGUCUCUACAUUGAUGAGACAAGACGACGUCCAAUCAUGAGCAACCACACAGCCACCCACAUCCUGAACUUUGCCCUGCGCUGUGUGCUUGGCGAAGCCGAUCAAAGGGGGUCCCUGGUCGCCCCUGACAGGCUGAGGUUUGACUUUACAGCUAAAGGAGCCAUGAGCACACAGGAAAUCCACAAAGCGGAGGAUAUUGCUAACAAACUGAUCCUGGAGAACAAGACUGUCUACGCCUUGGAUUGUCCCCUGGCAGCCGCUAAAUCAAUUCAGGGCCUGCGUGCAGUGUUUGAUGAGACCUAUCCAGACCCUGUGCGUGUGGUGUCUGUUGGGAUCCCUGUGCAGGAUCUGCUGGCUGACCCCUCGGGCCCGGCGGGCUCUGUAACAUCAGUGGAGUUCUGUGGUGGAACGCACUUGCAGAACUCUGGCCAUGCUGGACAAUUUGUCAUAGUAACAGAAGAAGCCAUCGCUAAAGGAAUCCGAAGAAUUGUGGCCGUCACUGGAGCGGAGGCUCAGAAGGCUGCGCGCAGACAGGAGACCCUGAGAGCUGCCCUCACUCAGCUGGAAGACAAGGUGAAACAACAGACUGCACCGAACAAAGACGUACAGAAGGACAUAGCUGAUCUCAGUGAGACCCUGGCUACAGCCGUCAUCUCCCAGUGGCAGAAGGACGAACUCCGGGAGCAGUUGAAAUCCCUGAAGAAGACGAUGGAUGAUCUGGACCGCGCCUACAAAGCGGAUAUCCAGAAGCGGGUCCUGGAGAAGACGAAACAGCUGAUUGACGAUAACCCCAACCAGCCCCUCCUGGUGUUAGAGAUGGAGGCGGGUGCAUCCGCCAAGGCUCUCAACGAGUCUCUGAAGCUGCUGAAGUGCCAGUCUCCGAAGACCGCGGCCAUAAUCUUCAGCGUAGAUAACGAAGCUGGGAAGAUCACCUGCCUGUGCCAAGUUCCCCAGGAAACCGCCGAUAAAGGCCUCAAGGCAAACGAGUGGAUACAGCAAGUGUCUGAUCUGAUGGACGGGAAGGGAGGUGGGAAGGACACAUCUGCCCAGGCCACCGGGAGGAACGUGGGCUGUAUGUCCGAGGUGCGGAGGCUGGCUGAAGACUUUGCCAAACUUAAGAUGGACUCUAUGAAGAACUGAACGGGAACUCGUAGUAAUCUGCACCGCCAGCGGCCGUCUGCUAAUAAUUCGGGUCAUUCUGUGGUAUCGGGGUUCCGUGUUGCGUGGGAAUGACCACCUGCCUGACACGGACUCUGUGAUGUCUCUGGCCCAUCCUCUAAUGCCUGCUGCCUUGUCAUUCUCCAAGCUAAUAUAAUGACCAUGUGGGCUUACAGGGAGGCCUGGGGCCUAGCUGCUAACACACCCUCUACUGCCACUGACAGGCUAACACUUAGGGAUCACCCUUCUUGUGUCCAGUCCUUUAGCAUCAGGGGGAUAAUAUGUUCCAGGCUGUAUGUUGUAGGUCACCCACUGUUACAAGCCAUCAGCGUCUGUCAUUCGUCAUAAUAAAAUGUUGUAAAGUGUA